ACGACAAGUGCGCUUUGUUGACAAAUCCUUCGUGUUUAUAGUUUUAAGUAAUUUUAAAUAAUAAAAAAAUCGCCAUGCUGCGCUCGAGCCUUCAGUUGCUGCGUUCUUCGUUGCCGUUUCCAAAUACAUCGAGCGUAAACGGUGUCGUUGCCAAUCCUCUUGCGUUGCAUUCGAGAUGUAUGCAUUUAACCUCGAAUUUAUUCGCCGAAAGAAGAGAUUUGAGAACUUACAGAAUGACAAUGCCAAGUAAAGAUCAAACUCUCCAUGGUGAGAACUCUAUUGAAAUUGACAGUGUCAAGGACAAGAAAGGUAUGUUUCCGGAUAAAGAUACCCCCAACAGAGUAUUCGAUGGUGUUUUAUUCAAAGAACUUCCCAUUUUCAACAUCAAGGCUUGUAAAAAUAACACAAUCAUAACGAUGUCAGAUUUUAAAGGAAAUGUUCAUUUAACCAAAUCUUGUGGUACUUGUGGUUUCAAAACAGCGAAGAAAGCUACAAAUAUUGCUGCUCAAACUACUGCUAUCACCAUCAGUACUAAAGCACUAGGAGAAUUAGGCGUGAGAACCGCAAGAGUGAGAGUACAAGGUAUUGGUCCAGGCAGAAUGGCUGCAAUUAAAGGCCUACAAAUGGGAGGAAUCAACAUAGUUUGUAUCACAGAUAACACUCAUGUAUCAUGGGCUCCUCCACGGGCAAGAAAACAAAGACGAGUUUAAGCAAUCUGUUAUCAUUAUACGAAGUAUUUUCUACAAGUGUACAUGUUGUUAUAUUAUAAGUUUAUUAUCGGAAAUAAA